GAUCCUUCAAGUCAAUUGUUAUAUUACGAUUUCAUUGUCAGUAUAUAAAUAAUUUCUGGGACCAAAUUUUCUGAGACCGAACUUUCUGGGACCGAAAGUCAGUGACCAGGGCUAAUUCAGGUGUUCAGUGUUAACAAUGGACGGCAGUCAGUUUUGUAUCCUGUGGAAUAACUACCAUGGGUCAUUGGUCAAUACCCUGAGUGGUUUACGACGGGAGUCUGAUUUGGUAGAUAUUACCGUUGUUUGUGGUGAUGGCAGUAAAGUAAGAGCUCACCAGCUCAUCUUAGCUGCCUGCUCUACAUAUUUCAGAGAUUUUCUCAGAGAUCAUCCUACUAAACAUCCUAUUGUGCUGUUGCCAGUAGAAAUUCGUUAUCCAGAGUUGAAGGCUAUGAUUGAUUUCAUGUACACAGGUCAGGUUUGUGUAAGCCAAGACAGAUUGCAAUCUUUUAUACGGGGUGCCAGAUAUUUACGCAUCAAAGGGCUUGAAGAUAAUGCAGAUGACAGUGAUAUAGAUGACCUACCACCAGAUUUGGAUGAUAAAGCUUCAAUUGAUGUGUCUGGAAGCGUAGGUGGCUUAGUGGCAGCUAAUGGUGAAACGACAACUGCUACAACAACUGUAAAAGGUCGUCGAGUUAAAGAUCAUCGUUAUACUCAGCAGGUGGAUUUGGGCGAUUCAGAUGAUAAUCGUGAAAAAUGGGAGGUGGUUGAACGUAAACCAGUUAUACUGCCAAGAGCACAACCUCUCCCACAAGCAGGUUCUGGCAUAAGGAGACGCAGACGUGCUCGAUCAGCAAUACGUAAACGAGCUAUGCAUCUCAGCAAUAACAUUGUAUGUUAUGAGCAGCGUACAGAAGGCUCAGAUGGAGGCCAGGAACGCUCUGAACCAAUUAACAAGAUUCGACGACUUGGAUCACCAGGUCAUUUCCAUGACGAUGACCUGGACAUCUGUACUUGUACAUCACGAAAGAUUUGGUCUGUCCGGGAUACUGAAGCUCUGUUAAAGGUUUGGAGAGAAACACUUACACAGGUGCCUCCUUCAUACUUUAUUCGAUCCAUGGCCCUUUGCAAGAGAGUAGCAAAAAGACUUCAGGCUAGAGGAAUUCAGAAAAAUUGGCGCCAGUGUCAGGUUAAAAUGAAAAACUUGCGCCGUGAAGUUCGUCUCUACAAAGUCAGCGUAGGGAGAAACAGCUCUAGAAAACCAUCAGAAGUAGCAACAGCCUGUGAAAAACUGCUACCUGACAUUGAGGAAAUUUUCAAUAAGGAGGAAGAGAUUCGACGAGAAUGGUACCAGAUGAGAGCUGAGGAGCGCUUAAGGGCUGAAGGAAGACUUGUGGAUGGAGAAGCUGCACCAGCUGAUAUAUUAGCUCAGGUUGCUGUCCUAGCAGACUCGGAUUUGUGUGAUGAAGAUACGGAUGCCCAAGAGUGUGUUGUAGCAGAUGGACUGGAAACUGAAGGAGAAACAGCUUUCACAGAAGGAGAUGGCUUUACUGAAGGUGAAGGAGGAUUUGAUGGACAUGUGAGCACUCAUCCACAUGUUAGUACCCAGGCAGACACUGCAGUUCACCAUAUUGUUGAAAAUGUCACCCUGCAAGUGGUUACCAAACAAGAGCCACAAUCAAGCACAGAUAUGUAAUUGUAUUAUAUGCAUUUAGUUUUGAGUGUGUCAGUCAAGUUAGCACUGAAAUGUUGAUUUCAGAAUUUGAUGGGAAUGGUAGUGAGGUAAUUAUAAUUAAGUUAGAUUUGUUAUUCUUCAGAAGAAUUCAACCAUUGUAUCACUGCAGAUUAAGAUGUACAUGAUAUGUACAUGGUGUGAUAUCAUGAAUGUAACAAGAAUCCUGUACCACUUUUCAGUAUAUGAUGCACUUUACAUUGAACAGUUAAUAAAAAUUACAUGUA